ACAAGCAUUAUCACUUGUAAAAUUAAGUCUAUGUACUACAAUAAAGCUGACGAACAUAUAUGUGCAUUUACAGUACAACCUGACACAAAGACACAAAUGUAAAUCUCAUAUGUAUAGAAGUAUUAAAAUAGUUUUUUCCCUUUCACUACUUACCAUUUGUGAAAUACUUCGAUUAUCGGCUGAUCCUUUACUUUUUUGAUAGUUUUAAAUGUGACAAUUGAUCAGGCCAUGCCUCCUAUUUAUUCCUUUAUUUAUUUAUUCAACCCCUCAGGUGAUACCAAAAUAAUUAAUUUAUUUACAGUUGGGAAUUACUAUUCCGAACCGAAUGUUCCGUUCAAUGACUUAUAUAAAAGAUACCAUUUUUCUAUAUUUUCUCCUCAUUUAUUUCAUUUUAUCAUGGAAUUACGUCAAAUAAUAAAAGUAAUAAAAAAUCAUUUAACUCAUCAUGAAUCAUUUAUAGCAAAUGAAUUGGUAAAACAAAAUCCACCAAAAUGGUAUUGUAAAAAUAAGAAAUUAAUAUACGAAAUGGCUACCCCUGAAGGGGCAGAUUCAUUUCAUGGUAAAUUGGAAUAUACAAGAUGGGAAGAAUUUCCUUUACCGAAAUCUUUUAAAGGUGAAAGUGAUAAUCCUCAAGGGGGAAAAGAAAUGAAGAUUGAAGUUAAGAAUGAUGUAUUUGAUUAUUCGUCACCUGAAGACAAUAACACGGUAAAUUGGUAUAUUAAUUUUGCGGAUAAACAUGUAUUUGGAUAUUAUGGAGGAAAUUUAUUCGCGCAAGAUGAAAGUCAAUGUUUAGAACAUCCAGUAUUAUGUUCACUUCGAGAUUAUCUUGUAAAAGGAGAUCAAGAGAGUUGUUUUACAACAGCACGUCCAAUUCUCACUAAAGAUUCAAUCUCAUCAUCGUUUAUAUCAACACCAAUAUUAGUUAGAGGAGUAGAAAGAAAAGUACAAGUAAAAACUGAUGUUAAUAAAAAUGAAAAACGACCAUUUGGAUUAUAUGGAAACCAAUUUGCACAUGCAUCACCUGAAGCCAUUAAAUUAGCGACAACAAUAUAUGAUAAAAGAAUUGAUCCAAAAACAGGAAAUCCUUAUUAUUCUAAUAUCAUUGCUAUUGAAGCACCAAAACAUGGACAUGGAAAAUAUACUUUUAAUACUAUUAAAAGAAUAUUGGCUACCGGCUAUUCAGGAUUUCUUGCUGCCAAAUUUGAGAGUUUGGUAGAAAAAGGAAUACUUGAAAGAAAUCAUGAAGAGAAUCAAGAACAUACUAAAAUAAACAUCAACGAAGAAGAAAGUGUACCAAAACCGAGAGUGAUUAUUCAUACAGGAAAUUGGGGAUGUGGUGCUUAUGGUGGUAAUAUUACUAUUAUGUCUUGUUUACAAAUUGCGGCUGCUCAUUUAGCUGGUAUUGAUAAAAUUGUUUAUCAUGCCAUGGGUAAUCAAGAUGAAUUUAAUUCUGGUUUGCAAAUUUAUAAUGAAUUAAUUAAAGAUGUAGAGGGUGAUGUUAAAAUUGAUGACUUUAUUAAAAAUGUCGAAUUGAAAGAUUUCCAAUGGGGCCUUAGUAACGGGACUUAAAAAAGUAGAAAAAUAUUUAUUGUUAUUCAUUUAUUACCUUUUUAGUUAUUUAUGUAUCGGACUGAAUUCCGGUUGUAAACAUGCUUCUUACAAAUUGAAUGUUGUACAAACAAUCUUUAAUUAAAUACUCCAAAUUUCAUCAUAUACUGAGUCAUAAACACAAACAAAAAUGUAAGAUACAGGUCCAGAUUUUUUGUUUUUUUCUUUGAAAAAAAAAAAGUAGUAAAUUUUUUAAAACAUUAUUCCGAUACUAUUUAUACUUUUUUGGAUUUCCAAUCAAAUUUUGAAUGAUAUGGAAAUUUUUUUUGUAAAAGAUCUUCGGAUUUUCGACGAGUCAAAAAAAUA